AUGACGCGCUCCCACUACGAGCCCGACGUAUCAUUGCAGACCAUGCCGGGUGGCGGCCCUCUGGUGUCAGAGUCAAUGGGGAAUGAGUGGGCGAGUAUGAUGCUCGAGCCGCAGGACGACGACUCGGAGGUGAACGGUGGACCGGCGGCGCUGACGCCGCGCGCGCCGGACACCGGUGCCGUGCCGACGCCGCCGGCGCUGCCCUCACCUGUGGCAGCGCGCGAGCUCACCGGGCAUCCCGGCACACUGAGCCCGCCCCUGACCAGUCUGGCCUCGUCGCCCGUACUGCGCAUGCUGGGCUCGCCUGCGCAGGACACGUCGCCGCUCCGUGCCGUAGACGGCACGCCAUCGAAGAAGGGGGUGCCUGUGACGAGUGUCCCGGUCCAGUCAACGCCCCCUGCACCGUCGACGCCGUCGCAUGCGUCCAAGAAGCGCGCGCAAGGCUCGGGGCCAUCGAACGAUUCGCCCUUGUCCUCUCUGCGGCGCGGUCCAUCCAUGGCGUUGCCCGGCACGUACGUGCCGAGUGUGUCGACGUCGCAUCCGCCCACAACGCCACCCACACCCAGCACACGGGGUGCCAGCAAGAGCAACGCAACGCCCACCCGCUCGACGCCAAGCAGGGCCCCUGCGCCUGCUGCUGCGCCUGCUGCUUCGCCUGCCCGCGCCCCUGCUGCUGCGCCUGCUGCCUCGCCUGCCCGUGCCUCUGCUGCUGCACUUGCUGCUUCGCCUGCCCGUGCCCCUGCUGCUGCGCCUGCUGCUUCGCCUGCCCGUGCCCCUGCUGCUGCGCCUGCUGCUUCGCCUGCCCCGCGUGAUUACCCUGGCCUGCAGCCGCAGCCUAGUCUCGUUGCGCCGUUUGAGCUGCAGAACCGCCCACUCGUUCUUCCGACGGGCCCCGAUGUGAAGCGCCCGCCGGGCGGGUUCUGCCUUGAGUGCAUGAUGCGCGACGAAGAUAUGAUCGACGUCAAAGUCGAUGACCCGGCCGUGUGGGAACGUGAGAGCGAUGUGCAAUUCUACGAGGCGAUUCGCUGGGAGCACAAAGCCCGCGAGAAAGACUCACAGUCGAGCACCACCUCGCCGCUGCGUCAUCCGAUGCUGGGCACGCCGCUGACGCAUGUGGCAGUGCGCCAGGUCGCCUCGGGCGACGAGCUGUCCGUGGCGAAUCUACGGGAACACACAGCAACAAGUCGUCUCUCGACCACGGCCAAGGCACGCACCGUGCAGAUGUUUGUGAAGCAGCAGCGCCGCAUCCUUGGCCUGGACGACGCACAGGACGUGAGUGCCCAUGGCCCCGCGCCUACUGUGCCGCCGCCUGUCUCGCCCGUGGCCACCGGAGCGUCGUGGCCUGCAUACCUCUCGCCUGUGCUAAGUGUCAGCCCGCAGCCGAACCCGUACGCAACGCCGCCGCUCUCGGGGGCUCGUGCACCGGCGCCAGUGACGCUGGCUACGAUCACUUCGCAGGCAAGUCACGGGGCGCCGGCGAGCCCGGUGUCUGCGCUGCGAUCGCCUCCGCCGACUGUGCCCACGCCAGGUCUGUCGUUGCGCCCGACUCUGGAUACGCCUGCUACGCCGCGAACCAAAGACACGACCGAGGCGCGCAGUGCGCGCAAGUCGGGUGAGAGUGCGCGCCGCACACGUCCCUUGCACAGCUCGCCGGAGCGACCGAGCACUAGCUCGUCGAUGCGCUCGCCAAAGCGCCGCGAAGCGAGCGUGCGUCGCGAUGGCACGCCUGCGUCGCCUGCCCCAGCGUCGCCUGCCCCAGCGCCACCUGCCCCCACGUCGCCUGCCCCCACGUCGCCUGCCUCAGCGUCGCCCCGCCGGCCGCGAGGCCACGCUGCUGCGCCUGUGCCUCCGGUUGUGCCGGCCGACGCAGCAGGCGAGCCCGACGCAGGUCUCACCAGCGAACUAUCCAUGGACGAUGGUCCAGAUGAUGCGCACAAGAAGUCGGGUCAGCCGCUGCGCGGCUUCUUCCGCAAAAAGAUACGUGGCGAUGACGGUGACAGCAUGCGUUCGCGCCGCCGGGCCAAGACCACGCAGGUCAGUCCGGACCUUUCUAUGGACGACGACGAUGCCAAGUCGUUCUGGAAGCGGCUCUCGCGUUCGCCCAAAUCAAAUUCAUCGCACAAGUCUGGUCGCUUUGCAUCAGUGAAGCUGCCGCCCCCUCCGCCAGUCCCCCCGGUUCCCCCCAACAUGUCCCCGGCCACGGCCACCCAGCCCCACACGUAG